GCUCAUCCCGAGCGAGACACAUCCACAAAGCUCAUUCGCACUUUGGACUCGGUACAAAACACACCACCCUGCUACUUGUUUUUCUCGGAUUUUCGAGAUACGUCGACGCUACCACCGGAUAUUUUAAUUGCGGUUCAUCGUCUUCCGCUCGCUGCGAAACAGUUGAACUUUUUGAUGGGAAUGAUCAGUAGGGUUCGGGCCCGCUUGCGGAGCUUGAGCGCUGUCAACUCGUGCAACGGCAAAGACGACGCGCGCCUUCGAGAUGAGCGAAAUGCGCAAAGUGUCUGUUUGCUCUCUGUGAUUCUGCUGCUUCCGUAUUUGGUCCGGAGCCACGCUUCCUCCCUGCUGGUCAGCACAGCGACCAAUUUAGUUUACUCGUGCCUCGUUCUACCCAUCGUCGUCUCGGCUCAUUACAAAUACCCCCUUAGCGGACUUGGAUCGGUUUUUGGAACCAUCAAAGAAUGCAUCAUGGCAGUCGCCAGCCCGUUUGUCUACAUUGUGCGCGGCAUGUACCGCCCAGUUGACCGUGCUGAGCAAGCGUACAUUAAAAUGACAAACAUUGCAGCUUUAAUGAGCCAGGUUCUAUUCUUCAUGCUGUGCGACCGCGUUCUCGUGGAAAAGCAGAGGGUCACCGCGUUGUACUCGGUCAUGUUCUACAAUGUGAUCGCCUACUGUGUCUCCUACCUGCACGAGUUGAUCGAAAAGGAAGACUGGUCGCCGUGGAUCAACAUCACCAAGACCUCCAACAUCCACCACUUGGCCAUGUCAACGACCAAAGUCGUCCUGGAGUGGACCAAAGCGGUCACCUUCAUCAUCACGGUCGUCUUCAUGUUGUUGCUGUUCGGAUUGGAACAGGGACUGCAGCACUAUCAGCCCACCGUCGUGUACACAAUUAUCACCUGGCUUUAUUACAUGGCGACAGAAAAGGUUUUCACAGAUUUGUUCCCUGGACUUCUGCUGCGACUGCAGAUUGAACGACUUGAUUCACUCGAGCUUCUGUACGCUCCUGUUAUCCUCAAAGCGUUUGCGGCCUCUAUGUCUUUUAUCAUGGCAAUUCCACUGCUUAUCUGGGGCCACUACAAAUUAUUUUUCGUCGCAAUGUACUUCAAUGUUUAUCUACGAUGCAGAGAAAUGUCAGAAAACUGUCUCAGGCCGCUUCUCAAGGAACGAAAUGUGCUCAAAAAAUUCAGGUCGGCCACCAAGGAAGAAAUUGGAGAGUGGGACGACGUUUGUGCAAUUUGUCUUAGCCCGAUCAAGAAGGCCAGGAUCACACCCUGCCACCACAUUUUCCACGGAGAUUGUUUGCGAAUGUGUCUGAAAUACUCCGACAACUGCGCGAUUUGUAAGAAAGAAAUCAGAUUCGACUGACAAAAAAGAAAAAACAUACAAAAGAGCUUAUCUCCUACUCAAUGACUCUGCAUUUAUGAUUUCAGCAGCUGUAAAUAUUGUCAUAUGUUCACAAAAUACACUUGUUGUUGUCUAUUUUUAUGUACGCUUGUAGUACCUAGGCUAAAAAAGUAUCUUGUGAUUUUUCCAUCGGCUUAUUAAUUUUAAAUGGUCAGUAUUGUAUAUAUUUAUAAAUUUUUCAAAAUUUGCUUUGCAAUCUAUCCCUGGAGUGAAUUAAUUGAUCAAAAGAUUAAAGAGCUUUCAAAACAAUAAAAUUAGUUGUAAUGAAA